GAGAGGGAUGAUGCCAGAGAGCUGCAGGCAAGCACACAUGUUCAAAAGCUAAUGGACGCUUUGACCAGCUUUAACUUUCCUUCCUUGAUGCAACUGGAAGAAUAUUUGGCAGAAUCUGGAAAUCAGACUGGUUUUUAGGUUGCAGAGUUGCUCAUAUGGAAUAGCAUUUUCGUGUAUUUAAACCCUUAGGUUUCUGCUUGUUUUGGGUUUUCAAGUCUGUGGAAGUGAGACUUUUUUUGCACUUUUUUCUGUAGAAUGAUUUGAAUAAGCUUUCUUGAAUCUCUAAAGAGAACUUCUGACCACUCUUACUGCUCUGCACUCUUGUUCUGUGGAGGGAAAAGGACUGAAACAUCAUUAAUUAAAAGAACAAGCUGUCUAAAGAGGAUUAUACAGAUAAGAACCAUGAAAGACAGCUAUGGUGGAUACGAGAACCAGCUUUUCAAAGAGGAGGACUUCACAGGAGAGGAAGAAAUGCCUUCAUUUAGAGGCCGUAGCAGAGGUGGCUGUAUGAGGUGUCAGCAGAGCCACUCUCUACAGCUGGCUGUCAAAGUCCUCUAUGGAUUUGUCGCCUUCCUCAUCAUCACUGUGGCAGUGCUCGCAUCACUUGUGUUCAGGAAGGUUGACAACUUGUCUGAGGAGGAGUCUGUCUACAGCAAAAAGAUCAACAAGGUUCAACAAGGAAUAGAAGAUCUUGGCUCCACCUCCAACUGUUCAGGCUGUCUGGAUGUGACUCUGUACAGCGAGGAGAUCAGCAGGCUGAAGAAAGAGUUUGAAGACAUACAGAAAAUGAUACUGGGUCAGGAGCAGGUUCUGGACCAGGCCUCCCAGACACAGGCCACCCUAAAGGCCACCAGCAACCGUCUAACACGUGACAUGCAAAACCACCUCAUGUCCAUCAAGAUUCUCAACCAGUCUCUGGAAAGAUACCUGGAUCGAGUGGAGGGCUGGAAGGAUGUGAUUGAGGAAAGUCAGGAGAAAAUGAAGACUCUGAUGGAGGAUCAGUACGAUAUCAAAGCUACAGCACAUCAAGUUAACACAACAGUGGCACUCAGCACAAUGUGGAUCGAUGCCCUGCAGAGAAAAGCAGAUGAGGAAACUCUGGUCCUCCAGAAGUUGACCAGCGAUUGGCAGAACUACAGCCGGGUUCUAAGCGCCAUCAAAUCCAACACCAGCAGCACCACACAAAACAUGCGGUUCCUCCAAAACAACAUCGUAGCAGAUCAACAGAGGAUCGCCAUGGCAACUGAAGUGUACUACGAUCUCACUCAGCAGGUGAUGAACCUUCAGAUGCAGCUGGACAAUGUGACGUCUUUCAUGGAUGAACAUGAGGAGAACAUGCAUGACCUUCACUACCAUUCCAGGUACUAUGAGAAUCGGACAGGUGAGCGUUUCUCAGCGCUGGAUGGUCGACUGAACUCAAUCUCAAUGGAGAUCGACACCAUUUCCUCCAGCAUCAACGCCACAGUCAGCCACGUCCAGAGUAUGUACAAGUACAUCAACAUCGAGAGCUCGUCCUGCCAGAGUCGACUGGGCAGACACACAGAAGACCUACAGAACCUGAACAACACAGUCUUGUUACUGCUCCACCUGGCUGACACACUGAGGCAGCAGAACAUGCUGCUGAAUGUCCGACUGGAUGUGGAUGUCAGGAACCUCUCCAUGGUGAUGGAGGAGAUGAAGCUUGUGGAUGUCCACCAUACCCAGCUCAUUAAGAACUUCACUAUUGUUAAAGGUGCUGCGGGACCACCAGGCCCCAAAGGGAACCGUGGUGAGACUGGCGCCAAAGGACCUAUGGGACUAACUGGAAGCAAAGGUGACCGUGGCCCUCUAGGAAGUCGAGGAUCUGCUGGAGAGAAGGGUGCGGUUGGUCCCAAAGGAGUCAGAGGUGAAACAGGCCCUGCUGGAAAUAAAGGACCAGUAGGACUCAAAGGAGCCAAAGGGGCUCCAGGCCUUCCUGGACCACGUGGGGAGAGGGGCCAGAAGGGUGAUAUGGGCCCUUCUGGAGCAGACGGUGGACCCGGACCAAGAGGGCCUGCAGGGAUGCAGGGUCAAGCAGGACAACCAGGAAUAAUUGGGCCAGUUGGACCAAAAGGAAAACCAGGGCCAGUAGGCCCACCAGGACCACCAGGAACACCUGGACCUCCAGGCCUGCCGUACACCCAUGACAGAAUCAACAACCAGCAGCGAGCCGUUACGCCUGCUACUGGGUCCAAGAGACAGUAGACCAAUGGGCAAGGACACGGUGAAUGUGGGGAACUUAUGGAAUGUUCAUUCUGACUUUUCCCCUUUUGGGGGGCAAUCAAGAAUCUCAGAAUGAAUACAGCCCGUUCACAUUUGAAAAAUGGCUUUCCAUGAAGCAUUCCUUGAUAGUAAGUCAUGGCUGAAGGAAGUCCUAACUGAGUAGCCCCAAAACUGCUGCAGCAGGCACAACUUUAGGUAGGAAGUGAAAAAGAAGAGUCCCUCAGGUCAAAAUUAGGAAAUUCUUGGAAAGAGUUUUAAAUUCUAUAUGUUAGUAUGUAUGAGAAAACUGCCGUCAUAACCCUUUUUCACAAAUGCAACCCUGAUAUUUUCAAGAAAAUCUUUAGUACAUAUUCAGGGUAACCUGAACCAGAAGUUUUCCUGACUUGUUUGUUCACACUUGUCCCUCACAUCAGAAAGUUUUUUUCCCUGUCAGGAUACAGCAUGGAUUAGGGAGGGGGAAAUACUAGAGAGAAGUAAGGAAAAUUCAUGGCAAGUCUGGAUGAAAAUCCAGCUAUUUUACAAUUUCAAGUUUUUUUGGAAGUGUGAACAGCUACUUUGGAUGAGAUUUUUACUAAAGCCAAAGUUAACCAAAGUAAACAAAGCUCAGCAUUUAUGAAGUUGGCAUUCUGCUUGAAUGAGUUUUUACCACACGUACCUUCUUGUCUUCGAUGAAAGGAUUUUAAGGAAUGAUAAAAGUACAUAGGAUGUUGAAGUUUUGUAAAGUUGAAUGUAUAAGAAGCAGAGACUAUGUUUGAGGUUGGUGUCAACCACUUGAUCUGAUGGGCAUGAUUAAAAGGAGGGUUAGACUUUGGACUGAUGUAGUAAUGUUUCCCAUCCAGACUGCUCAUGGGUUUUGUUUUCCCAUGCACUAUUAUAGAGGUAAAAUGUUUGUUUUUGCAUUAUGUACAUACUGACACAUCCCUGUGGAUGGCACUUUAUUGGUUCUUUAAGUUUAAAAACUUAUCAUUGGAAUUAUCAGAGCAGGUACUCUGUAAAAUCUAUUUUUUCCAUAAGGUGGAGCUGUCUUUUACGGUUUGUCUCUGGAGAGGUUACAGAAUCAACAGUCUGCAUUGUUAAAUUCAUUCAUGUCCUUCUUUGAUUCUUGAUGUAACAUCGAUACCAUUGUUUCUUUGGUUAGAAAAACAAAAGACAGAUUAAGAAAGGUCUAAGUAACUCUUGUUGACUUCUGCUGACGUGUUUAUGAAACAUUUCGGGAAGUACACUUGCUUCUACUCUUGAUGGGAGGGUACACUGUCAAGUCUGUGCAAACGAUCCAGAUAGUAAUUAGCCCAGCUUAGUAUCAAUACGUAUGCCAGUAUUACAAUAUAACCUGUUAUCAUAGCACGAGAAAUAGGAAGAUUUAGAGCAACCUCUGGUGUUGGAAAAUGAAACUAAUGUGUAAGUGCAAAAAGAUACAAUUCCUAGAGUGUCCACUUGAGGUCAGCUGCAAAAGUCCUGUGGGGAUUUUCCACUAUGGCUUUUGACCGCGCCGAGCCAAACCAAGCCAUGCUGAUUUGCUUUACCAUAACCAGUUUGGCUGAGCCAAGCUGUGCUGAGCUGCGCUCAAUUGGGCCUGCCCAUGAACAGGGCCACAGUGAGCUAGCCCCACCUCCACACUGACGUUGAAGCGGUGCACAGGGUGCGAUUUGCCGGGGGAAUUUACCCCUUCUGCUACUGAUAACCCUCCCCCUAACCUGACACACCAGAUAGAUUUGUUGCACACAAUCAUCUGGGAAAGCUUCAAUAGGAAACAUUUGAGAAAAGGCAGAGGCUUUGAAAAAAACUCAGAGUGUGAUUG